CUUUGACCCAUUACUCAUAGCCUCUGAAUUCGAAGCGUCUGUAACAACGGCCGACUGACUUUGAAAAUGCCGAUAAUUCAGAACUUCAACUUUCUUUGGAGACAAAUGGCUGUAAAAUAUUGACAUUCACUGUUGAAGAUACUGAAUGGACCAAGUCAUGAGAGUUGCUACACUUAAUAUCCUCAAUCAUGGCUCCAAUAAACUUCAAAAGGUUAGAGAAGAGAUCAAGAUUACAAGUACAUGUAUGUCAGCAACUUGGCAGUGUCUUCCAAAACUUAAUCAUAUUGAUAUUGCUCGUUCAUGCAAGCACAGGACAGUUCUGCCAAAGGAGUAGCCUUGUCACCUGGCACACAAACACAGAAAUUGUCAACAUCUCCUGGUCCUUGGAAAAUGUGUGUGAUUCAUAUGAGGAUUGCUAUGGUUCAACUGAAACAGGAGUCAGUGGACCAAUUGACCACCAGCUCUGUCCAGUUGAGAUCCAGGACAAUGAUCGACUGGUGAUCCUACCACCGGCCAUAUCAUCCCAGAGUGCUCUACCCGUCAAUAUUAGUGAGAGUGAAUUUGAAGUUUGCCCAGGUGAUACUUACCCAUCUUCUCAGUGGCUUGUUCCUGCCUCUUCUACGUCUCCCUUUGAGGUAGAUGAUGCAUUCUUACAAGAAGGGCGCAACUUCUUUGCACAGUUUGACACAGGUGAUGUCUUCCUGAGCUGUGAGCUUGGACUACGUGUGGUGGUGUCAGUCAAAUCACAUGACUGUAUUAUCAACCAGUCUGAACCUUUUUGCACUGGACAUGGAGAUUGUGUCACAGUACCUUUCAGUCCAUCCAAGGUAUACACUUGUCAGUGUGAACCAUCCUAUAUUGGAGAGUACUGUGAGGAAUUUGAUGGUUGCUAUGGCAACCCUUGUCAGAAUGGGGCUAGUUGCGUUGAUGAAAAUGAUCGUGAUAAUGGCAAUAGCUACCGCUGUAAUUGCACUACUGGCUUCACUGGUCUCAACUGCUCUGAUAUUCUUGGUAGUUGUAUUCCUGACCUAUGUCAUAAUGGAUCAUGUGUUACUGUAUCUCAAGAAGCUUUCAGAUGUGAUUGUGAUCAUGGAUUUGAAGGUAUUUAUUGUGAGGAAGAGAUUCAGGAGUGUGUUUCCAAUCCUUGCCAGCACAAUUCAACAUGCAUUGAUGAGAUCGCUUCUUUUAGUUGCCUCUGUCCACCUGAGUAUAGUGGAGCUACAUGUGAGGAGGAGAGAGAUUAUUGCUUAGAACAGCCUUGUCUAAAUGGAGCGAAUUGUAGCAGUUUUUUAGGAGGCUACACCUGUGUUUGCAGAUCAGGAUUCACAGAUCGGAACUGUUCCACAAACAUUGAUGAGUGCCAACCAAACCUUUGUCAAAAUGGAGCUACCUGUCUUGAUGAAAUCAAUAAUUUCAGAUGUGAAUGUAGCCCUGGGUACAGUGGCCAGUUCUGCGAGACGAACAUAGACGAUUGUGCUUCUAGUCCUUGUGAGAACGAUGCAGAGUGUAUCGAUCUAAUUGAUUUCUUCUUCUGUGUAUGUCCUGGUGGCUAUACUGGUAUGACAUGUGAUGUAGAGAUUGAUGAGUGCAUAUCAGAUCCUUGCAUGAAUGAAGGCAGAUGUGUAGAUUUGUUGGAUGCCUACCAGUGUAUAUGCAAUCCAGAACUCUUUGAAGGUAUCAAUUGUGAGAUUCCACUCCACAACUGCUCUUUCUACCCCUGCCAAAAUAAUGGAACCUGCCAAAUAAUUGACAGCUUAUCAUAUUCAUGCCUUUGCACAGCCCGGUACACUGGACAAAACUGUGAAACCAACAUCCCCUUCUGCGACACGCACAACUGCACCAAUGAUGCAACCUGUGUGGAGCACCCCAAUGGAUUCACAUGCCAGUGUCCAGUAGGUUACACUGGUCAAUGGUGCGAAGUGGACAUAGAUUACUGUGCCAAUCACAAUUGCUCAAAUAACUCUACCUGUAUAGAUGAUACCACUACAUACCAAUGUUUCUGUGCCCAAGGAUUUGGAGGACAAGACUGUGAGAUAGAUAUCAAUGAGUGCAGGAGCAGUCCAUGUGCUAAUGGGGGUGUUUGCAUGGAUGAAAUCAAUGGUUAUCAGUGCAUGUGCCCUGCAGGAUAUACUUUACCAGAUUGUUCCCUCAACAUUGAUGAAUGUGAAUCAUCCCCAUGCCAAAAUGGAGGAACCUGUAAUGAUGGAGCCAAUAUGUAUACAUGCAUCUGUAGCAUUGGAUUCAAUGGAAUACAUUGUGAUAAUGAUCUAGAUCUUUGUGCCUUAGACAUUUGCCAAAAUGGUGCCCUCAGCUGCUCUGAGACAGAAGAUGGUCACAAUUACAGCUGUGUCUGUGCACCAGGUUACCAUGGACACAGCUGUGAAACUGAGAUAAACGAGUGUGCUUCUAAUGCCUGUCUUAAUGAUGCAUUCUGUUUGGAUGAGAUCAAUUCUUAUCAAUGUUACUGCUUACCUGGUUACGUCGGUGACCAUUGUCAGUAUGAGAUUGAUGAGUGUUUCAGUCAGCCCUGCUUGCACAACAGCUCUUGCAUAGAUCUGUUCAAUAACUACAGUUGUAUGUGCAGUGCAGGCUAUGAGGGCUAUAACUGUGAGAUCAACAUUGAUGACUGUGCUGAGAACCCUUGUCUUAAUGGAGGCUCUUGUCAGGAUGGGGUUGAUGAUUACAACUGCAUUUGUAGUUCAGGAUAUGAAGGCAGAAAUUGUUCUGAGGACAUUGAUGAAUGUGCUUCCAACCCUUGUAUGACAAACACAACAGAGGUGUGUAUCAAUGAAAUAGAUAACUUCACCUGUGUGUGCAGUCUAGGGUUCAGGGGUCAGAUGUGUGAGGUCAACAUAGAUGAAUGUGAAGUUCAUUCUUGUGAGAAUGAUGCCACUUGUAUAGAUGGUAUUAAUAGCUAUAGUUGCAUCUGUGCACCAGGUUUCACUGGAUCACUGUGUGAAGCCAACAUUGAUGAGUGUUUAUCAAAUCCUUGCAAUCUUGGUACCUGCAUGGAUGAUAUCAGUGGCUACACCUGCCUAUGUCCCGCUGACUCACGGCCAUUUGACCCUCUUUGUAAUCUCCUUCCACCAUGCACAUCCAACCCCUGCCAAAACAAUGGAACAUGCCAGGAGGCAUUGGAUUCCUAUGCCUAUAGCUGUGAAUGUGCAAUUGGUUUUGAAGGGCUAAACUGCGAAGUGAACAUUGAUGAUUGCCAAGUGGGAAACAUCAUAUGUGCUAACGGAGGAACAUGUGUGGAUUUAAUUGGGGAUUUUCGCUGCCAAUGUCUAGCAGGUUUCGAGGGACAAAUUUGUGAAGAGAAUGUAGAUGACUGCAUUGGAAAUCUCUGUCAAUAUGACAGUGUUUGCGUUGAUGGGGUGGUAGGCUAUACAUGUUCCUGUCUGCCAGGUUUCACAGGGACGUUUUGUGAUGUAACUAUACAGACUUGUAAUCAGAACCCUUGUUUAAAUGGAGGAACUUGCCAAGAUAUUGAAUUGACCACCCCCACAAUUUCAAAUGGAGGGGGUGAAGGAGCUGAUUCAGUCAAUAGGAUGUUUCAGUGUGCAUGUUCCACUGGCUGGCAAGGAAUGUUCUGUGAAGUAGAGAUCAAUGAAUGUACAUCCAACCCCUGUCUAAACAAUGCAACCUGCAUGGACUUCUUUGCUAGAUAUGUCUGUGAAUGCAGCCCAGCUUUCACAGGAGAACAGUGUGAAGUUAACAUCGAUGAGUGCAUUAAUAAUGAGUGUGCUCAGGGGUCCACUUGCAUUGACGGCCUCCUGUCCUAUACAUGCCAAUGUACCGAUGGAUAUGAAGGCCGCCUAUGUGACCAGGAAAUAGAUGAAUGUUUGUCCUCUCCUUGCAAUCCAGAUACAAGCCUCUGCGUGGAUCUACUCGCUGGAUAUCGCUGUUUUUGUUUAAAUGGUUGGGCAGGACCUAACUGUGAAAUCAAUGUUGAUGAAUGCCUCAGUGAUCCAUGUCAAAAUGAAGGGACAUGUUUAGAUGGGAUUGCUGAUGUGACUUGCCUGUGUCGUCCUGGGUUUACAGGAAAAUUCUGUGAGUUCGAGAUUGAUGAGUGUGACUCAAAUCCAUGCCAAAAUAAUGGAGAAUGUGUUGAUGAAAUCAAUGGAUACGUUUGCUUUUGUCUACCAGGAUUUACAGGUGUAGAAUGUGAGAUCAACAUUGAUGAGUGUGCCUCAGAGCCUUGUUUGAGAGGAGGGACAUGUUUAGAUGGUAUCAACUCAUACCAGUGUCUCUGUCCUAUUCCAUACCGUGGUGACAACUGCUCUCUUCUGCCAUGUCAGGUCUUUCCAUGUGAGAACAAUGCCAACUGCACUGACUUUGUCAAUGACCUUGAGACCUACCCACUGGGCUUCUUUUGUGCCUGUAAUACUGGAUUCAUGGGUCAGCGAUGUGAAGUGAACAUCAAUGACUGUUCUCCCAAUUCAUGCAGUGGCAAUGGCCUAUGUAUUGAUGGUAUACUUGGCUUCUCAUGUUUAUGUGAACCUGGCUGGGCUGGCAGGGAUUGUAGUCUGCCCAUUGAUGACUGUGUUGAUAAUAUGUGUCAGAAUAAUUCUACUUGUGAAGACUUGAAUCAGGCUUACCAGUGUCACUGCAUUGAAGGCUAUGAAGGAAACUUUUGUGAGAUUGAGAUAGAUGAGUGCUCUUCUGACCCAUGUUUGAAUGGAGCCACUUGCAUAGACCACUUCAACAGAUUUGAAUGUAUCUGUCCUUCUGGUUGGAUGGGGACCACCUGUGAUCAAGAUGUUGAUGAAUGUGACUCUAAUCCUUGUCAGAAUGGUGCUCGCUGUCUCAAUGGACCAGACAGGUUUAGAUGUGACUGCCAGCCUUUCUUCACAGGGACAUACUGUAAUGUGACCUUUGACCCUUGUGACCCAGGGUUCGACCAAUGUCAAAAUAAUGCAACCUGUGUCACGCAAGUGGAUGGUAGUUAUCGGUGUACCUGUUUGGAAGGCUUUGAGGGAUUCAACUGUGAAGUUAACACCAAUGAAUGUGCAUCCUCACCAUGUCUGAAUGGAGCAGCAUGCUUUGAUGAAGUAGCUGGAUAUCAAUGUUUCUGUUCAGUUGGUUUCAGUGGUAUCCAUUGUGAAGAGAAUAUUGACGAUUGUGUUCCUGAUGCCUGCGCUAAUGAAGGAACCUGUGUGGAUGGUGUUAAUGGGUUCUCAUGUAAUUGUACUGCUGGAUGGAAUGGAGCCAACUGCACAGAUGAUAUCGAUGAAUGUGAAUCAGAACCCUGUCUAAAUGGAGCUACUUGUAUAGAUCGUCUCAAUAGCUAUCAAUGUGUCUGUGUUCCUGGAUAUACAGGUGUCCUUUGUGAAGAUGACAUUAAAGAAUGUCUUUCAGCGCCUUGUCUAAAUGGUGCAUCCUGUGUGGAUGACAUCAAUCGAUAUGAGUGUAUGUGUGUGGCUGGGUUCUCAGGUUUGAACUGUCAGGAGAACAUUAAUGAUUGUCUUCCACAUCCAUGCAGUAAUGGCAGCUGCAUUGAUGAAGUGAAUGGAUACCAAUGUGAAUGUGACCCAGGCUUUCAAGGGUUCAAUUGUACCGAGGAUGUUAACGAGUGCGAAAGCUCCCCUUGUAUGAAUGGAGGCCAGUGUAACAACCUUGUUAAUCGAUACACAUGUACAUGUGUGUUUGGAUACACAGGUUAUAAUUGUGAAUUUGACAUUGAUGUUUGCAUGGACACUGCACUCAAUGUCACUCAAUGCCAGAAUGGAGCUACAUGCAUGGAUGGUCAGGGACCAGCUUUCACCUGCCAGUGCUUACCGGGUUUCACAGGUGUCUACUGUGAGAUAGAUAUCAAUGAAUGCAGCUCUAGUCCUUGUGAAAAUGGAGCAACCUGUAUUGAUCUGGUGGCAAACUUCAUGUGCACAUGUGCAGAAGGAUGGACAGGAGUGUUGUGUGUGGAGGAUAUCAAUGAAUGCCUGUCAUCACCUUGUAUGAAUGGCGCCCUCUGUAGACAACAACCAGCAGGAGAUGGAUACGAGUGUUACUGUGCACCAGGCUUUCAAGGAAUCAUCUGUGAAGAGGACUAUGAUGAAUGUUUAUCUACACCAUGCCAGAACAGCGCCCUCUGUGUUGACCGUGUUGAUGGAUACAACUGCAUAUGUAGCAGUGGGUUUACUGGUUUGGAUUGUGGGAUAGAUAUAGACGAAUGCCUCAGUGAGCCAUGUAUGAAUAAUGGAACAUGCAGCCAAGUUGAGCCAGGGGAUUUCAUUUGCGAGUGCCCACCUGGUUUCUUUGGGACACGCUGUGAGUCAAGGGAUUUCUGCUUCAGUCAGCCUUGUGCCAAUGGAGCAUUUUGCUUCACAUGGGCUUUUGGUUUCCAGUGCAUUUGUCCAGCUGGAUUUACUGGUGUUACUUGUGAGACCAGAUUGCUGACCUCAUCUAGUACUUCAAGCUCAAUUGCUUCAGAAGUGUCUACAUUUUCUGUUAGAGAAACACCAGUAUCUACAGUGGUAAUGAUAUCUACUUCACUCGACAGAACCUCACUGCACACUGCGAUGCAGUCAUCUAAUCAGAUGUCUUUAGAAACGUCCAUCCUUGCAACAACUUCAUUGAGAAGAGGCAGUUCAUCGGUCACAUCAGUACCUAUGCCUUCAGAAUCUUCAGGAAGAGGUUUAUCUUAUACGGUAGAUAUGAUGUCACCCACUCAAACAACAUCAGAGUUUUCCUCUUUUCAUUCCACAUUGGAUGAGAGUAGUGAUCUGACACGUUUUAUGUCAUCGAGUCUGAUCCCAAGUAAAAGCACGAUAGCAUCAUCUUCAACUUUUGUGACAACAAACUUUCCAAGUACUGAUUCUAAUUUAGUGGUACCCACUAGUUUCCCUGCAGACUCAACCCAUUCCAUGUUCAGUCCAAGUACUCCAACUAUCACCAUAGAAUCGACCACUUUACCUUUGGUGUCUACUGAAACAGGCAUGAGUCAGACUGGUGUCUUACCGUCUCUACCUGAUACUCCAUCUACCUCAACGGCAAGCAUUGGUCCUUCAUCAUUCACCACCUCGGUGCAAACUUCACCACUCUACUCCACAAUCAUGCCAUCGGAAGUAACUAUGUCAUCAGCCACAAUUUUACCCCCUGUUUCAUUAUCAACUGCAGUCAUGCAAUUGUCUUCAUCAACUCCAUUUUCUCCAACUCUGAUGGCGUCAUCAUCCUCAAUGUUUUCGCCUGUUCUUUCACCUUCCCCACAAGCCACUCCCUCAUUAUCAUCUUCAGUCCAAUCACAGAUCAUGACACCUAGCCAAUCAGAUAUCAUGAUGACAUCAUCACUUGUGCCCCAGCCCACUAUCACCACUCAACGGCCACAAACACAAACUGAGACACAAACAUCAAGUUUUCAAAGCUCACAACUGUUCACUUCAAAUGUAAUGAGCUCCUCUCCAAUGGUAAUGUCAUCAUUGACUCUGUCAACCAAUAUUGUUCUUCCAUCAAUGUCUGUUUCUCUGAUGAGUAGCAAUGAUCGGUCUUUCAGUACAGAAAUGAUAGGUCAAACAUCAACAUUCAUUGGACUCCCAAGUUCAUCUUUCCUCCCUGUCAGCAAAUCAUCUGAGAACACAGUAUCUACAUCUGCUGCUGUGACCUCAUAUGACCCUUCAACUCUGACAUCGGAGUCAUCCCUUUCAGGAACACCUACUAUCACCCCAUCCAUGACAUCAUCAUAUUCUUCAGCAAUGGUCACUGCUACACCGAGGCCUACAACAGAACUGACAACACCUCCAUCAGAAGUGACAACACCUCCACAAGUGACAACACCACCCUCUACCCCCUCAACAACAAUAGAACCUUCCACUACAACCUCACCUCCAAGUACAUGUGAGACUGUUCCAUGCCUGAAUGGAGGGGUGUGUAGAAAUCAGACAUCAGGAGAGAAGUCACUUUUUGAAUGUGACUGUACCUUCAGGUUUACAGGAAGCCUCUGUGAAACAGAACGUGCUGUGCAUUUUCCCUCGUUCAAUGGAACCUCAUAUCUAGAGUAUGCUUCUCUAGAUUGGUCAUCUUCUUCAUCAAACACUAUCUUCAUCAGUAUAAAGACAUCAGCAGCAGAAGGGACUGUUCUGUAUUCAGUUAGUGAUUCCUCCAGUGACUUCAUUCAUCUGUUCAUUCAAGAUAGUCGUCUAGUCUAUGAGAUGAGCUGUGGACUGGGUCAGGUUGUCAGGGUGGAGUCAAACGUUGUCAUAGCAACAGAUGAGUUGGUGGAAGUUUUUAUCAGCCAAACAAGACCAAACAUUGCAUCCAUGAUAUGUGGGGCUACCCUCACAGUGAACAACCAAGAAACAACCAACCAAAUCUUCUCUUUCAUCUUCCCCUUGCCUCUGGGCCCUCUGUACCUUGGAGGUACUCCCCAGGGUAUGACCUCUGAUGAUCUCCCAUCACCCAUCGUAGGGUACCAGGGGUGCAUGCGUGUUCUUGAGAUUAACCAAGUUGAGAAUUUGCUGUUUGAUGAUUCAUUGGGAGGCAGGAAUAUUGAUGAAUGCAUGACCACUGAGCCGUGCUCAUAUCAGCCAUGCCGCAAUGGGGGAACCUGUUCUGUGUCACCUGAUGGCACUACAUGGUCAUGUGACUGUCCUAUACCUUUUGGUGGAGUGCUGUGUGAAAGGCUAGUUGAUCAUUGUGAGGGGUCUCCUUGUCAUGCAGGAGCAUCAUGUGUAUCACUUGAUGAAGACUUCCUCUGUUUAUGUCCCUAUGGCAGGCAAGGCAUCAUAUGUGAUGAAGUGAUCAUCAUAACCAGGCCUUCUUUCAGUGGUAUUGUAGCAGGUUAUAUGCCAUAUAUCAGGUAUGCUCGGGUCUUGAAUUGGGACUUUCUAUUGACCUUGAGGUUAAAGUUCACCGUGGAUGAUGACCAAUCAGCUAUCAGCAGCAAUCUCAUGCUUUUCUCUGGCCAAAAAGGAGAAGGGAGUAAUGGAGAUGACUAUUUAUCUGUUGGCAUUCAAGAUGGCUAUCUUUUGUUUCAUUUUGAUGUUGGUUCAGGAGAAGGAAUCUUACGAAGCCCUCAACCCAUUGACCUGACUGCACCGUUUCAUACAUUGCAGAUAGGACGUCAUAGGAGAGAAGGAUGGAUGCAGUUGGACAAUCAGCUGAAUGUCAGUGGUACCACACAAGGCCCUCUUAUUGGUCUCAAUACUUACCGUGAUCUUUAUGUGGGUGGUCAUGACACCACAGAUGUUCAUUUACUACCAGACGUGGUGGACUAUGCUGAGAGCUUCAAAGGAUGUAUUUAUGAACUUGAAAUAAACUCUGGCCUGUAUGGAUCCUUUGUUGCCCCUGGCAACCCACCUGGUCAUGUGGAUGUUGGUCUCAAUGUCGGUCAGUGCGGUCAUCCAGAGUGUGCUCUGAAUGAAUGUCAAAAUGGAGCUGAUUGUAUAGAUCUUGGAGCUUCUUAUAUAUGCAACUGUACAGCUGGAUGGAAAGGCCCUCUCUGUGCAGAUUUAAUCACCGUCUGUGAUGCAGAACACCCUACCCCUCAUGACUGCUCAGAGGGGUCCAUUUGCACACCCCUCCCUGUAGGAUUUGAGUGCCAGUGUCCUUUAGGAAAGACAGGACCAAGAUGUAAUGAAGAUAUUGUAUUCAGUGACCCACUAUUUGAGGGUUCUUUGAGCUACAUGUCUUUCACAAGAACCACCAACCUCCGCUUCCAGACUGACAUCAUGAUCGAGUUCAAACCCUUGUCAAACACUGGUCUUGUAUUCUACAUAGCCAGUCAGCUUACACCAUAUUCAGGAGACUUUCUAGCAGUAUCUCUCACACAGGGCUAUCUUGAGCUCAGGUAUUCACUUGAUGGUCAAGGUGAUCCUGCUACUAUGAGAACAGCAAACAGAGUUGACAUCACAACAGACACCUGGUACACCGUAGAGAUCAACAGGAUCAACCAAAAUGGCAUCCUUCGCUUCGGAGAUGAAGAGAUCUACCGUAGCGCUCCAGGAAGUUUCAUCUCCCUUGAUAUCAAUACAGACAUCUUUAUUGGUGGUGCGCCCUCGCUUGAUGGUGUACAUCCAAUGGCUGUUGAGGGUGUUAUCACCAGCUAUCAAGGUUGUGUGCGCAGGGUGGUUGUUAAUGGACAGGGCAUGGACUUGACAGUAUCUGGAGCAUCAGCAGGACAGAACGUUGGGGACUGUGAUGGGACAGGAUGUGGAUACAAUGUGUGUAGAAACAACGGCACAUGUUCACCAGUAGAUGGCAGCUCACAAGAUUUCACUUGCCAGUGUCCAAUGCCAUUCACUGGAGCAAGAUGUGAGGUGUCUAUAUACUGUGCCAAUCAUCAGUGUUUGAAUGAUGCUAUCUGUUUACCAGACGAAGAUGCCCAGAGCUACAGCUGUGGAUGUAUGCUUGGCUGGCAAGGAACAUUCUGUGAACAAAGUGUUAACAUCACUACUGCCGGAUUCACUUCAUCCAGUCACCUUUACUUCCAAGAUGUGAACUUUGACCUCUCCAACAAAACAAUGACCUCCCUCUCCUUUAACUUGAGUACAUCAACCCUUCAGGGCUUGAUCCUGUGGAAUGGAGAGCCAAUCACAACAGGUGUUACUGACUACUUAGCCAUUGGUGUCCAGAAUGGCUUCUUGAAAAUAAGCAUCAAUCUUGGACAUGAUUCAUACGGUCAUAUACUUCAUUCAGAAUUUAUAUCUGAUGGUCUUUGGCAUGCUGUGAUUAUCACCAGAUCAAGAACAUUAUUUAAAGUGUAUGUUGAUGGUGGUGAGCCCAUUUCAUCUGACAUAGGAGGUUCUUUCACUGGUUUAGACACAGAGGGACAUUAUUAUCUAGGUGGCUUUGGAUUAUCUGCUGAUAUAUUUCAAGCUACUGGAGGCCUAUAUGAUGAAGGUUAUGAAGGUUGUCUUAGGAAUCUUGUAAUCUCACAGGGAGAUCCGCCGGUCAAUCUUAUGAAUGCAGCUGAUGCCCUCAACGUCCAAUCAUGUAGCUGAUGAAAGACGCAUGAUAGUGACGAUGAGCUAAGAACUACGAGACGAAGCAUCAUGAUAUCAUGGAAGGUUGAAAUUUGACUAAUUUGUGCUACCCACUACUUUAAUUUGAUUGAUAUCAAUGCAUAGUAGAUAGGUCAAAUGUCAAAAUAUUGGUAUGGUCAUUUCUGCCAAGAGCAUUGCCGGCGUUCACCUGAGCUGACACAUGCCGUUAUCACAUUGGCCAGGUUGAACAAUGAUCUAGCUGGAGUUUGAUGAGUAACCCUCAUUUAUGGGUAUAUGAGGUUCGUUUGUUAGUAUACAAAUAGCAAAUAUGCAUGAGUGCUAUACAGUACAAGUUUUUGCAUGAGGUGAAAGAAAGAAGCCCUGGGGUGGUAUUCUGAGAUACAUUUUAUCUCAGUUUAAAUAAAAUAUUUUAUCUCCGUUAAAAUCAGUGAGAUAAAAUACCCUUAAAAUCUCUCCGAAUUGGUAUUCUGAGAACAAUUUUAUCUUCAUUUUAUCUCUGUAAGACACACCUAUUUUUUAAUCAAUAUCCAAUUAGAAACGCGCUUUUAUAGCUCUCUCAUAUCACUCAACCAAUGGAAAUCCAUUCUGCUAGGAGGUGUGGCAAAGGAGUGAGAUUGCGUCAAUUUAUUGACUUCAAUACGCUUGCACUAUACGCUUGCGCGUCUUUACAGAGAUUUCUUUUUAACUAAAAUUGCAUUACUCUCAUCUCUUUUUCGAAGUCUAUAUCGCAUCUUUUCAAGCAUCAUUUCAAAGACAAUAUUAGUCAAGAAAAGUCUUAUGAAAUGCUUUGCUGAUUGUACAGGAAUAACUUUAAGGUGUUGUUCUCAAUGAAUCUAUCAUUUCUCUUAAAUUUCAUGCCAACAGUUGGAGUUAAUUCACCUAGAAAUAUUGACGAAAUCAACGUCGCGGAGAUAAAAUAGCCCCUACCCUCUUUUAAGUUUAUUUUAUUUUUUCUUCAAAGUAACUUUGGCGCAAGCACAUUACCCGCGUUACAAUGGCCAGAUACGCGAUGGGUAUGUCUACGCAGCCACUGCUCUGUUGCGUAUCAUCAUAGAUACGCAAGAUAAAAUUUAUAAGCAAGAUAAAAUUUUAAAUUUUAUCUGAGAGAUAAAAUGUCAUCUCAGAAUACCAAUUUCAUUUUAAGAGAUAAAAUAAAAUAUUUUAAAGAUAAAAUGACCUCAGAAUACCGCCCCUGAUCAACGAGGUGUAGCCCAGUUGAUUAGAGUGUCUCUCUGUCAUGUAUAUAUAAAUAUUGCACCAUUGUACGAAUAAGAAUAUUUGCUCUUUGUGCUUUACAACACUUUGGAAAUUAGUGAAAAUGCAAAGAAUAUAUUUUUUUCCAAGGUUAAUCCAUAGAAAUUAGGAAAUAAUUGUAAAAGCCAAAAGCAAAAUCAGCUAUUGUUCCUACAUGUAUUGCGCCUGUAUUACCUAGCGCAGUGAAUUGAAUCGCAUUGUGACGUCACCUAUUCCACCGUGCAAUAAUAUGUUAGAAUGGAACGAAUGUUGCACAUGGUUAUUUUUCAAUGAUCAGUCAAAUAAAUUAAGCAUGUUUUCAUGCAAAUUUUUCUCAACCAUUUGUUAAUCAUAGUUUGCAAAUAAGGUCUCAUAUUAAAGAAGAACUCUGUUUUUUCCAAAUAGCAGCCAAAAAAUUACAAUGAUUAUGGUUUUGUUAUUUCUAGGACGCAAUAAAAAAAUAAAAAAUUAAAAAAAACAUUUUGCUCACCAUAUCAGUUGCACAAAAUUAAACCUACUCAAAAAAUUUAAUUUAUAUUUAGAAGAACAGUGUUAUAGUUAUGCUAACUCUACACAAAAAAUAUAAUUUUACUAUUGUAUAUUCUGGCUUUGCACAAAUUUCCACUUUUAUGAUAUCAGUACUGCAGCACCCUAGCAUAUGACAUAUGAAAAAAAUUGAGAAUACAGGCCAAAUGUGGUAGGUAGAAUUGAUGAUGCUGAAACAUUGUUCUGUGAUCUUGAUACACAGAAUAAUUAAAUGUUAUGUUUAUGUCAUGUGAACAAUUAAUGUGGUGCAUGAUACUAUGUGUUCAAUGAGUUUGGUUAACAUUGCAAAUGACUUCUCAUCACUCUCAAUUCACCUUGAAGCCCCGUAACAGUGAAGUAAUGCCAAAUAGUACACGCUUCUUUGUGAAUGUCUUCCUACUACAAACUUCGCAAUGAGAUUUUGAUACAUUUGAUAUCAAUUUGAGCUCUUCUUGCCUCUAGUAUGCAAAGGUCUUGUACUUAGUAUUUCACAUUGUCCAGCUCGAGGUCUUCUGAAAUUUUAAGUGGAGUUAUAAUAAAGAUGAAGUACCAAAGUUCGGGCCAGGGUGUAAUGUGAUGGAGACAUAGUCUUCAGUAAUUGAGCAAUUUAUGUAGAUAGAUGUAAUGAAGGGAUCAUGCAAAAAAAAUUGCAAAAUUUUGCAUGCAUCUUGCAAAAUAAAAAAGUUUGCUAGCUGGUCUAGUGUAAUUUAUUUGUAUAAUUGAAUUAAUUCCUUUAUAACCAAUUUAUAUUUAUAAUAAUUUUUUCUUUGUUGGUUCAUAUUAUAUUUUGUUAUCAAUCAUGUCUUUCUUGUAUUUUAGUGACGGGGUAAGGGAUUUCGAUUUGUCUUUUAACCAUACAGUGUACCAGUUUAGUGGGUUGGCUAACAGGAUUGUUUUUAUUGAAAUAAGGUUGUAUAAAUUCACUUUUAAAGGUCAGCAAUAAUGCAGUUAUUAUCACCUUGAAUUCAUCUUUAUUCAAGCAGUAUUAUAAUUCCAUCUUGCUUUGUUUGUUUAGGUAUAUGAUAUGAAGUCAUUUAUUUAUCAUAUUCAAUCUUCUGCAUAUACGUUUUGGUUCCCAUAUUCGUAUAUUGCUGAGAGACGAGCAUUUCUCAGAUUUUCAAAAAGUUCUUAUGACAUUCUCAUCGAUUCUCAAUUCAUUUAUGUAUGCAUUAUCUGUAUUCAUUGGUAUACAUGUAUUUUUUUUUUAGAAAUUGUAUUAGUGCCUUUUUUAUCAGGAUCUCAGCUACUUUGUAAAAAAUACACCUUGAAAAGCAUUUUUAUUCAUCUCGGCCUUUGGUUUUAAAAAGUUUUCAAAUGUCACCUUGAUAUUUAUUGUGGGAUUCAUGGCUGAUAUUCUUAGAAUCAUUAUAUUACGUAAAGCUUGCCGCACACGGCAAUAUUGUGCAUUAAAUAUGAAGGUUCCAAGAAGUAGUUAUUUUAUUUGAAAUUUGACAUAAUGCUAGGAAUACUAAAAUCAUAAUUUUGUUUUGCUGCAUGCCUUUUUGGUCAGAGUCCAAAUCAUCUUCAAGUUACAGUUGUGUUUGUGAUUUGAAAUUUAAUUUUUUUCCUUCAGGGAGGUUAAAAAUAGACUGGAAUUUCAAUCUAGUACCCUUACUUUUAUUCAGAACUUUGAUCAUUAAGUUUUUAUCAGUUUAAAUGUUCACAUCAUAUGCUGAUACAAUUUCUUUGAAAAUUGGAUUGCAAAUGAUCUUUUAGUGUGCGCUGGGCUUGAAGCGCUAUCAUAUACAUUUUAGUUACAUAUAUGUAUCCACGUAUCCUUCAUUGAAAUUACAGGACGUCUUGUAUUAGUGUUACUGCAUUAUUUUUCUGGGAAUUUGAAAAACCAAUUAUUUGUCAAUGUUCAAUGACCCAAUCUGAUUUAUCUGUAUGUAUUCACACAAUAAAUAUGUUACCGAGUUAUUUACAUGAAGUCAUUGUUGAUUUUAGUUAUUGAAUAGGAAAUAUAAAUUUGCUCUGUAUGUUUCAAAACACCAGUGACAUAUUGAAGGAAUAUAUUUUAAAUAGAUUUUUAGUCAAGGACACCUUGAAUAUUUCAAUUCAUUAUUUUUAUUUUUAGAUACGAACACCUUGAUAUAUUAGUACUGCAAACUCUUUGUCUUUCAGCUUUUUUUUAUUUUUACAAUAAUCAAUUUUGCAAAAUAUUUUUAGGCAAUCACAUGUUGAAUUGUAUUAUGUACAUGUAGCUGUGUGAAGAUAUGUAUUUCUAUAUGGUACUCUACAUCAGAAUCUAUCUUUAUGUGUGAGUUAUGUAUAUCUCAAAGUGACAUUAGUGUUGUCCAUUGAUGUGGCUCAUGUAUUUUUCUAUCACAGUAAAAUGAUCUUUCUAAAAAUUUU